GCCUGGGCUGCCCAGUCUGGGGGGAGGCAGCUGGGACCAGGACCCCACUGGGGCAGGUGAAGACAAGAGAGUUCCCGGGAGUGGGGGAGAGGGAAAGGGAGAGAAAAGAAUGUGUGUGUGUCUCUGUGUGUGUGUGUCUAUUGUUUGCGAAACGGGAGUUCGAGGCAGCAGCACCAUGGGGAGCAGUUUCUACCUUGCCAGGGGUCUCUGAACCCUUUUAAGAGCUGGGAAGGUGGGAUCCAGUCAUCUGCCAGUGGGAACUUCCCAUGCCCCGUGUCCCAGGUGGACAACAGGGAUGUCUCUGUGACCCUCCAAGUGGUGGUCCACACAACAUGCCCUUUAGGCAUUCUGGCUGUUCCCUCUUGCACUGCAGAUCUGCUAAUCGCUGGAGAAGAUCUAGAGAGAUUCCUGGCCCCGGCUGACCAGAGCUGACUGCCUGCGCUGGUUAGAGCGAGGAGACCCGCACACGUCCCACUGAGACGAGAGGAAAGAAUGGAUCCUGCUAGGGAAACACUGCGCACCGGCAUUUAUCCCAGUAUCCCUGGACACCCCGAGGGAGCCAGGCCAGGCAACAGCCAUGGCUGCCAGCUCUGGAAACAGGUGGCAUGUACAGUCGCACUGGCAGUUGUACUUGUCGGUCUCAUUGUUGCGAUUGCAGUUCUGUCAGUGCUAGUAUCUAAAACCCCGCCCCGGCUCAUGCCCUGGUGCCCGGACGGCUGGCUCGGAUACCAAGGGAAGUGCUACUAUUUCUCCGAGGCUGAACUGAGCUGGAAUGACAGCCGGAUGAACUGCUCUGCCUUCGGCGCGUCGCUGGCUGGGAUUGACAGCAAGCAGCAGCUGAUGUUCAUGAUGCGAUACAACGGCGACUUAGAGCAUUGGAUCGGCCUCUGGAGAGGGAAUCAGCAGUGGACAUGGGUGAAUGGCUCCAAUUUCAACAGCCCGUCGCUGCUGAUAAGAGGAGGAGGGGACUGCGCCUACCUCAGCGCCAAGUCGAUCAGCUCCUCGCGGUGCACCACUGAGAGAAACUGGGUCUGCAGCCAGCCCGAUGCCCACACAGUCCAGCAAAGCGUGAUGCUGAGGAGUCAGGAGCUACAACAUCCCUGAGAGAGGCUCGUGAGGGGCUGGUAACCUGUUUGCAUCCCGUGCGGCUGGCCCACCGCCGAGGUCAUGUGCAGGGCUCGAAGAGUAAAGAAGUCCACACUGAAUGAAUAACGAGAAGUCCUGUGGCGCCUUACAGACUAAUGGAUGUACUGGAGCGUAAGCUUUCGUGGGCAAAGACCCACUGUGUCAGAUGCAUGAAUAGACGCUUUCCCACAUAUAAGCUGUGACGACUGUGGACAGAGUGACCAUCAGGGCACUUGUGUUAGUUUCUGGAGGCCUCAUCUUCCGAAAGAACUCCCUCUUCUGCAGCCACACGUGCCUUUUUCCGAAAAAGCUUUUUUGGGAAAAGGCUUCUUCCUCGUAGAAAGAGGUUUACUGCCAUUGGAAAAACCCCUCGGUUCUUUGAAUUUUCCAUCCAAAGAACUCACUGGCAGUGUGGAUGCAAACAUUGAUUUUCCGGAAAUACAGCC